CUCCCCAACACUUCUCUUGAGUAUCACAGCAAUGUCCCCAUUAUAGCAAUUCAUCUUGUUAUUUAUAGUUGUUGAUCAAGAGCCAUUCCCAAUGUAACCAAAUAGCCAUGGAUAUCCACAAAACGAUCUUCUUGAUGGCCAUCCUCUUCAUUUACAGUCACCAUACCAACUCUUUGUUACUUGGUCUCUAUCAAGAUCAAGAUUCUGAUAUAAUGCUUGAAAAAACAAGCAACCAUUUCUCAGAACAUAGGAUUGAUGAUAUGGAUGAGAUGGAAGAUGACUCAUGGGCAAUGGUGCAGAAAAGUGGGAACCAAUUUGUGGUGAAUGAUCAGCCGUUUUACGUGAACGGAUUCAAUACUUACUGGUUGAUGGUAUUGGCUGCGGAUGAGUCUACAAGAGGGAAAGUCACCGAGGUCUUUCGACAAGCAUCGGCUGUGGGGUUGACAGUGUGUCGAACAUGGGCUUUCAACGACGGUCAGUGGCGUGCGCUUCAGAAAAAACCUUCUGUUUACGAUGAAGAUGUUUUCAAGGCCUUAGAUUUUGUGGUGAGUGAAGCAAAGAAAUUCAAGAUUAGGCUUAUACUGUCAUUGAUCAACAACUGGGGUGGUUAUGGUGGCAAACCGCAAUACGUCAAGUGGGGGAACGAAGCCGGCUUAAAUUUGACUAACGAAGAUGAUUUCUUCUCUCAUCCGACUCUUCGAAGCUACUAUCAAUCCCAUGUCAAGACGGUGCUGAAUAGAGUGAAUACCGUAAGCAACAUGACCUACAAAGACGAUCCCACUAUUUUUGCUUGGGAAUUGAUGAACGAGCCGAGAUGUCCAUCGGAUCCUUCCGGAGAUAAACUACAGGAAUGGAUAGAAGAAAUGGCAGUUUAUGUGAAAACUAUUGAUCCAAAGCAUCUGGUGGAGAUUGGUCUUGAAGGAUUUUAUGGGGCUUCAACACCUAACAAGGUUCAAUAUAAUCCAAAUACUUAUGCUCAACAAGUGGGAACUGAUUUCAUCAGAAACCAUCAAAUUCUUGGUGUUGAUUUUGCUUCUGUACAUAUUUAUGCCGACUCUUGGAUUUCACCAUCAAUAUCUGAUGCCCAUAUCUCAUUCACCAAGUCAUGGAUGCAAUCACAUAUUGAUGAUGCAGAACAAUACCUUGGGAUGCCGGUGGUUUUCAGCGAGUUUGGCGUAUCUGCAAAAGACCAGGGAUACAACAUAUCAUUCAGGGAUACACUGAUAAGCACAGUAUACAACACAGUAUUAGACUCGGUAAGAAAAGGAGGGAGUGGAGGUGGAAGUCUUCUAUGGCAAGUGUUUCCUGAUGGAACCGAGUACAUGGAUGAUGGGUAUGCAAUUGUUCUUUCGAAAUCUCCUUCAACGUCAAACAUCAUAUCUCGACAUUCCACAAGGCUUACGCUCUUCAACUCGUUGUGCAAAUGGAAAUGCCAUUGGGGUUGCAAGAAGAAGCAUGGCUUCCAAUACCAUGAUGAACUUUAAACAACAAUGGUAUACACUCGUACUAAAAGAAAUCAAGUAAUCAGCAUAUGUAUGCUCACAUUGUGGAUGAAUUUGCAUGCAAGUAAUACUAUAUGUUUUAAAGAUA